AUGAGCGAUAACACGGACGACUACUCGUACGAUUACGAAUACUUAUACAAGAUUGUGUUGAUUGGAGACUCUGGAGUGGGUAAGAGUAACUUGUUAUCGCGUUUCACGAGAGACGAGUUCAACUUGGAAUCCCGCUCGACGAUCGGCGUCGAAUUUGCCACGAGAACUUUGGAAAUCGAUGGCAAGAGAGUUAAAGCGCAGAUCUGGGACACUGCGGGCCAGGAGAGGUACCGUGCAAUCACCUCGGCGUACUAUAGGGGCGCUGUGGGUGCCUUGAUCGUGUACGACAUUUCCAAGACGGAAUCGUACGAGUCUGUGUCAAGAUGGUUGAAGGAGUUGAAGGAGCACGCUGACGCCAACAUCGUCAUCGAGUUGGUGGGCAACAAACUGGACUUGGACCACUUGCGUGCGAUCCCAACUGACGAGGCUAAGAGCUUCGCAACGGAGAACAGUCUUUUGUUUACGGAAGCUUCGGCACUUUCGUCUGAUAACGUGGAUUUGUCUUUCCACCAGUUAUUGAAGAACAUAUACGAGAUGAUAAGCAAGAAUCAGUUGGACAACGACGAGCGCUCGUCGGCGGUGAGGCCCUCAGGCGGCCCCACCAUCAGCUUGACCCCAGCGCCUCAAGAAAAGAAGAGCAAGAACAACUCCAACUGUUGCUAA